AUGGCGGCCACCACUCUAGGCGUGCAGCGUGCAUUGAGAAAAGGAAUCGCACCUUCUAUAGUCGUGAUUUUAGGGGCUACUGGUACUGGGAAGUCGAAACUAGCCAUCGAGAUUGGUAAAAGACUGAAAGGUGAAAUAAUAAGCGCCGAUUCCAUGCAGGUGUACAAAGGACUGGAUAUCAUCACCAAUAAGGUGACGGAGGAGGAGCAAGCACAAUGUCGACAUCACAUGAUCAGCUUUGUGGAUCCUCUGGUGAGCAGUUACACUGUGGUGGACUUCAGGAACAAAGCUUUGUCCCUCAUUGAAGACAUGCAUCACCGUGAACGACUACCCAUCAUUGUCGGAGGCACCAACUACUACAUUGAGUCCCUUUUGUGGAAGGUGCUUGUGGACACUGGGCAGGAGAACGCAGGAGAGCGAGAGAGGAGCAGUUCUCCUGACUCCAAGGCUGAGCUGGAGAAACUCGGGGGACCUGAGCUCCACCGGCGACUGACGCAAGUGGAUCCUGACAUGGCCGCCAUGUUACAUCCUCACGACGCGCGGAAGAUUGCAAGGAGUCUCCAGAUUUAUCAGGAAACGGGAGUCCCCCACAGUCAGCUUUUGGAGGAGCAGAGAGGCCAGGAGGGCAGCGAUGGUCUUGGAGGUCCUCUGCGGUUCCCAGACCCCUGCAUCUUCUGGCUGCAUUCUGACAUGGAUGCCCUGGAUGAGAGGCUGGACAAACGUGUGGACGAGAUGCUGUCUUUAGGACUGAUUGAUGAGCUGAAGGAUUUUCACCAACGCUACAAUGAAAAGAAGAUCGAGGAGAAUAGCCAGGACUACCAGCACGGCAUCUUCCAGUCUAUCGGCUUUAAGGAAUUUCACGAAUACCUCACGGCAGGGAACACUGUCAGUGCAGAGGAGCUUGAAAAGUUGAAAAAUAAAGGUGUGGAGGCCCUCAAGCAGGCGACCAAACGCUAUGCCCGAAAACAGAACAAAUGGGUCCGAAACCGCUUCCUGAAGAGACCUGGAGCCAACGUUCCCGUUGUUUACGGCCUAGACGUGACAGACGUUUCAAGUUGGGAGAAGACGGUACUCACUCCUGCCCUAGAGAUACUUGGCUGUCUGCAAAAGGGAAAACCGCCAUCUCAAGAGCCAAUCAGAUUGGAGGGGGCGGGGUUUCGUAACAAGCGGACCCGUCACACUUGUGAGCUGUGUGAUAAAGUCAUCAUCGGUGACCUGGAGUGGACAGCACAUCUCAAGUCGAAAAACCACCUGCAUCACAUACGAAAGAAGAGGAAAGCAGAGGAGGCCUUGAAGCAUCACCAGGACAACACAACAUUAUCACUGCCUGACCAGAGUGCCUCAGAUGAUGGGCAAGAUGCAUAACACUAGCUCCUGGCUUUGACAUGGCCUACAUGGAGCCAAGAACAAAGGGACAGUAACCAUGAACUGAAACAUGAUCUGAUGCCUGUAUUUUUAAGAUUUGCAAUAAGCCAAAGGAUUUGUCCUGUCAGUGUCCGAUAGUGAUGUGUCAUCAUGGCACGUCUUUAAAAGAUCAUUUGCACUAGGCUCUGGCAUUGACAUUUUGAUUUUACAUUGAUAGUACAGAUCAUUGUAUCACUACAGAUAAAAAAAAUUAUAAUGAAUUAAGUUAGGGACCAGUCAGCUGCUCUGUUUCGUUCUAGAAUCCUGAGCCAGUCUGAAAAACAGGGUCUAUUCAGCUGCUGUGCAGUUUGGAAAAAAUGUUCUCUCAGAUUCCACGAAUCCACAAGACGCGGAUAUGCAAAUAACACAUGUGAUAUUCCGUAUAGCUAAUGGGGAACUGAAAUAAUGCCUUCUCUCUGAAAUAGUAUCUACUCAUUUAAUCUAACUGCUGGAUUAAUGAUAAACCAGAUUUGGACAAACAAAUUGCCACCCGUCGGCUUUAAACCAGACCGUCAACAGUUUUCCUUUUCGCUGGAUGUGGAUGUAUUUUUGCAACUGGACCCGGAGACUGAGGAUUUUGUUUUGCUCAGCGCUCU